AUGGGCUUGAUCACCCCCCAAAGUCCAGAUUCCCUAUCAAGAUUCAGUUUGGCUGAUGAUACGAAUAGCAACUGUCAUUUUUGUGAUAUUUCUCACUGUUUCCAUAUUCCCUUCUCUGUCAACAUUGGUAUCAUGAUUGUCGACCAACCUAGUCCUGUGGUGGACCAAACCCUCCAUCUACCGAGGAUUCUCUGUCUUCACGGCGGUGGAACAAACGCCAGAAUUUUCCGAGCACAAUGUCGAAUUAUUAAGCGAUAUCUCUCAACCACUUUUCGACUUGUUUUUGCCGAGGCGCCCUUUUCGUCUGAUGCUGGCCCUGAUGUGACUUCGGUCUACCAAGAAUUUGGACCUUUCAAGCGCUGGCUGAGAUCCAAAAAAUCCCAUCCCAAAAUUCAUCCCGACAAUGCCGUCAAAGCAAUUGAUGAUAGCCUGAAGGCAGCCAUGGAUGAGGAUGAUCGUCUAGGGGGACGUGGCGAAUGGGUCGGUCUGCUUGGGUUUAGUCAGGGAGCAAAAAUGUGUGCAAGUCUGCUAUUCCGUCAGCAAGUGCGAGCGGAAAGACUCGGAUUGCAUUGCACCGGCUCAAACUGGCGUUUUGCGAUUAUCCUCGCUGGCCGAGGACCUUUGGUUUCUCUUGAUCAUCACCUGUUGAUGACCCCUGCUGUUGUAGCCGCAUCCGAAGCUUCUACUACUGCGUUGCCAGAUGAAUGCCUUCGUGGUAGCACAGAGCAUGUUUUGUAUCUUCCCACGAUUCAUGUCCAUGGUACACAGGAUGCGGGAUUGAAUGAGCACCGCAAGCUUUUGUCUCAAUACUGCGAAGAAGGUACAGCAAGACUGAUGGAAUGGGAAGGUAACCACCGAGUGCCCAUCAAAACCAAGGACGCCAUAGCAUUGGUACAAAAUAUUUGGGAUAUUGCGUAUGAGACCGGCAUUUUGACGAAGCAGCUUGACGUGGAGGCCAUAGUACAGGCUGAAGCCUUUCAGCCUGCUAAUGUUUUCAGGCCGCGGACUAUCUUGGCAUAG